AUGGCCUCUCUCGUCGAUAUUAACUCUGUUUCUCAAACCGCGAGCAAUCCUGCAACGCCUACGAGAGGCAUUGGCAGGUUUGGAACCCCGCGAACCGUUUUCUCGCCUGUAAGAUACUCUACUGCCAAGCCUGCUGCUUGCAAUGGUGACGGUGAGACGUGCUGGAGCAGCGUGCUCCUGAAGAGCGUGAGACCGCUGCUGGAGAAACUGGCCUUCCAAGGCGUCUCUGACGGGCAACACAAGCCCGCCAAGGUGCACGUUGUACCUGACGCGCCUGAUGUGAAGCGGCCUGGAAUUGGCCGCUUCGGAGGCAAGCCUGCUGCUGCCGUGCUUGCACCUUUGGUUGUCACAGCUGCUCCCACACCAUCUGCUGCUACUGCAGUCACUCCAUCUGCUGUGGUUGCGCCUGUGGUGGUGCCUGAGGUAGCGCCUGUGGCUCCAGUGGCCUCAACAACACCACAGGUGCCCACAGAAACAAUAUCCGAGGAGGCGUGUGCACGUGUUGCUGAUCCGAGUGAGAAAGCGAGGUGGUCUAAGCUGCGUCAGGAGGUUCGAGCAAUGGAUAGUGAAUGGGCCAAAAAACUGAGAGCACGUGCUGCUUACCUGAGAUGGGCCAAGCUGGACCAGGCGACGUGGGCCAGGGACAUUGAAGCCGCCAUUGAAGCUUCCCUGCCUGCCUGGAUCGUGUCUGGCAAAAUUGUUGCUCCUGCAUCUGCAGCAGCAUGGAGUGUAGCAGAGCCUGCACCACCAGCUGCUCCCUCUGCAGCAGCUGCAGCAGUGAAGUCACCUGCUGUGGCAUCAGCAGUGAGUGGGGCUGUGGAUUGUGAGUGGGCCAAAAAUUUGAGAGCACGUGCUGCUUACCUGAGAUGGGCCAAGCUGGACCAGGCGACGUGGGCCAGGGAUAUUGAAGCCGCCAUUGAAGCUUCCCUGCCUGCCUGGAUUGCGGCUGGCAAAACCGUCCCCCCUGCAUCUGCAGCAGCAGCGACUGUAGCAGAGUCCGCAGCACCAGCUUCUCCCGCGCCAGCAGCAACAACAACACUGAAAUCACCUGCUGCGGCAUCGCCAGUGAGAGGAGCAGUAGCAGCAGCACAGGAGUCGAGUCCCGCUGUUGCAGCAAGGUGCAAGGUGGGGGUUAAAACCGUGAAGGGCAAGAAUGGGUGCAGCAGCAAGGCGGUGAGGACUGGCGUGAAGGGUGGUAAGGGCAGCAGCACGCAUGCAGGGUCUGUAGCAGCAGCAGCAGCAGCAGCAGCAAUUGCGGGAUCAUCAUCAGUGAGAGCUGCUGACAAUGCCAGCAGCAGGCACACGAGUGGGGUGAAGAGGAGAGAGGGAUGUGGGUGUGGAGUGGAGGCGGCAGGGAGGGCAGCAGGUGGAAGGCAGGGUGGUGUGAAGGCGGCAGGUGGCAGAGCAGUGGAAAAUGGCGUGUGUGGCAGGGAGGGGGUGAAGCAGCAUGCGGGGAGGAGAGAGGGGUCACAUAGCAGAAGCAUGAUAUUGGGCGGAUUGAUGAAGCUCAGAAUCUCAUACGUACAUGGGUUCAUGGGGUGCAUCGGGGCAUGCUGCAAGGGUGUGUGGGUGCAUGGGUGUGUGGGUGCAUGGGUGGAUGGGUCCAUGGGUGGAUGGGUGCAUGAGUGGAUGGGUGCAUGA